AUGAACCGAUUACAAGAAACGCAAAGUUCACCAUGCAAGGAUACAAUGAAAGAUUGUUCAAAAAGCAAAUUGACCAAAAUUUAUCCCAAAAGUACUGGUAAUUUAAAAGUACCACAGAGCUCACAUUUCCGAAAAGAUCAAGCUCAAUCUUUCGAUCAUGAAUACGUGGAGAAAGAUCUUAACGAAGUAUCGAAUCUGAUCAAUCAGAAUUCUAAAGUACCGAAGGAACGAUGGAUCGCAUUGGCUUUAUUUUGUAUACUAAGUUCCAGUCAGUGUUGCAUAUGGAAUACUUGGGGUCCUAUAACAAUACCAACAAUGAUAGCUUUUUCCAAUUGGCAAAAAUAUCACAUUGCUCUUUUAUCCGAUUGGGGUUGCAUAACGUAUCUCACAUUUUGUCUUCCUUGUUGUUGGUUUUUGUAUAAAAAAGGUUUGGUAGCACCCAUAAGAAUGGCAGCGAUCCUUUCAGCAUUAGCAGCUUUCAUCAGAUGUUUUUCGUGCAAUGAAACGAUCUUCACUAUAACGGCACAUUUAGCGGCCAUCUUAAAUGGUCUGUCUGGGGUAAUAAUCGGUCCAGCUACAGCCCUGGUAUCUGCUGUUUGGUUCCCACGUGGAGAACGCACCACCGCAACCGGUAUAUCUUCCGCUAGUAAUCAAUUUGGCAUGGCCGUAUCUUAUUUGAUAGGACCAGCUGUUGUUGGAGAUAUAUUUCAUCCAAAAUCAUCUUCAAAUAAUAAUCGUAUUCAAACGAUUCUUCGUGUACAAAUCAUGUCGUUGAUGAGAAUCGAAUUCGUGAUUCAAUCCCUUAUCGUUGUUGGAAUCAUAGCAUUUUUUCCAAACCAUCCUAAUGCCAUUGAUGCCACAGACACCUCUUCUCAUUUAAGCUUGAUCGAUUCACUCUUAUUUCUUCUCAAAAAGAAGAAUAUGUGGCAAUUAUGUUUAGCAGCUGCACUUAGUCAAGGUGUUACCGGACCAUGGCUCAGUAUGAUCACUUUAACAUUUGAUUCUAUGGUUACACAAGAGGAAGCUGAUAAACUUGCUUUCUGGACUAUAAUUUUUGGCAGCGUUAUUAGCUUGGUGGCUUCAAGAGUGGCCGAUAUUUUUCAAAAUCAUCUCAGAAUCGGUCUUUUUGUAUUACUAAUGAUAUCCGUGACAAUGUUUCUCUGGGUUUUAUUGCUCGAAAAUCAAAUCUUAAUAUUUCGUAAGGAAGAACUUUAUGCUGCUGUGAUAUUUGGAGUAUCGGCCAGCUGGUCCACUCCAGCCUUAUUCCUUGAACUUGCUUCUGAAAUCGCAUUUCCUGUUUCGGAAGCCAUCGUAGGAGGAUAUAUGAUAUUUCUAGCUAACUUGAUAGGAACUUUAUUUUAUUUUUCUUAUUUUAUACCUGGAAUUGGUGAUCGAUGGUCUACCUAUUGUGUUUUUGUAAAUUUAGCAAUAUCAACUAUUCUCAUAUUUUAUUUAAAAGAAGAAUAUAAUCGUACAUAA